GUGAGCCCAAACUUCGCUCUGACCAGCCUGACUUCGCCGUGCCAGUCACCGUAAGGCUAAAUCUGUGUCGCCUUUUAAAACAAAAGGUCAUCACUUGCAGUGUACACAAUCACGGAUGAAUGGUUUAAUUGCCAUUUGCACAGUCUUGGGCGUGGCUACCAACUCUGUGAAGGAGAAGGCUGAUGUUGUUCUGCGGUUUUUCUUCGGAUUCACUGAAAUCGUCUUUGUCAUAAUGAGAAAAAUAUUUUGGUUCGCACCUAUAGGCAUUGGCAGUCUUAUUGCUUCCUCCAUCGCUGGAAUCACGGACAUUACCGAAGCGUUUUCUCGUCUCGGGCUGUUUGUCUUGACGAUACUUGUCGGCCUUCUCAUCUACUCGCUUAUCGUUCUUCCCUUGAUUAUCUUUGUCCUGACCAGAAGAAACCCGUUUGCCUUCAUCAUUUCCAUUGUUAGAGCCUGUUUAAUGGCAUUCGCUACCACAUCUUCAGCGGCAGUAAUACCGGAUAUGCUUAUAGCUUGUGAGGAAAAUAAUCAUAUAGACAAACGAGUGACUCGUUUUGUGAUUCCUCUAUGUGCGACCUUGAAUCGCGACGGUAGCGCCAUCUACGUCGCAUGUUCGGCAGUUUUCGUGGGUCAGAUGAUGUUCGGGUCGAUUUCUGUGACCGAAGCAUUUACGAUUUGGCUUCUAACUUCUGUCGGUUCUUUGGCCAUUCCACCUGUGCCGAGUUCCAGCUUAGUGACGUUAAUAAUAAUUCUGACGUCAAUGGGCAUCCCGUCUGAUGGAAUAAGUCUGUUGUUUGCUAUCGAUUGGCUUAUGGACCGUUUCAGAACCUGUUGCAACAUUAUAAGUCACACGUUUUGUGCGGCUGUGACGUACCAGUUUUGCAAGAAAGACUUGGCAAAGAUCGACCAGGCAGACAGUCAUCAAGAGAACCAAAUAGCCUGAUGCAUCCAAGCUGUUAGGAGCGGAUCCAGAAGUGUGUGUGGGGGUGGGGUGUGUGUGUCGAGGGGCGUGCCACCUCUUGUUCCGCCAACAUAAAAUGUAAUAAAAGGACAGUGUAGCACCCACCCCUUUCACAAGACCCAGGAUCUGAAUCUUCUUGUCAUUAAUGCUGUGAACACAUUUAUCAUAAAGUAAGCACGCUGUAAUUCUAUGGAUAGAUACAAAGUGAGUGCUCAUUAAGGUAACAAUAAUUCAAAUUUACUUCAUUUCACGGAUUGAGUUGUCAACUUUACGUCGUUUCACACGUCAUCAGGCACGGCGGAAGCAAGUAGACAUUGGGAGGGUGGGGUGGCGUGGCUAACUGAGAUCAAAGGCGUAAAGCAAAAUAUUGGUAGGGCUUCCCGGUAAAAUUUUAAAAACUAGAUGUCUUGAAAUGCAAUUUCCUGUAUUCUACAAGUAAAAUGCAUUUUUACCUUAAGAUUUACUACCAAUAAUAUUUUUGAUUCAAAAUUAAUGGAGGGGCUAGAGAACCCCCCCCCCCCCCCCCCCAUACACACACACCUCCCCAGCCCCCACCUGCUCCGCCGUGCCUGGUCAUGAAUGGAGUUAUCAGCAUUAGGUGAAAACCUAUUUCAUAAAACAGGAACAAGAGAAUGUUAUGUACCGGGUUUGGGGUAUUUAUUUUCAUUCAUUCAUUAAAUUAAAAUAUUUUAUUCCGUAUUUGAUAUCUGAGUAUUUGUCUAUAGUCCGUCCCAUCCUCCUAUAAUUAAUUUUUGUAAAUAAUUUGGGUUUGUUUGACGUAAGAGGAAAAGUAAAAACCCCGACCAUUUGUAUGUGCCAUUUAAAAUAUAUUCGGUUUAGAAAUAAAUAAAAUUGUAAUACAUACCAUAGUAAGAAAACGACGCUUUCGGCGUUAUGGCCACCAAUUUAGUUUUAUGGACUCGUGUAGUCUUGAUACGAGAUAACUCUAUUUGAUUAAUUUCACUACAGAGGGAGCAACAAGAAAAUAAUCUGAAUUAUCUCAUUAUAGCAAGACUAUACCAGUCCAUAAAACCAAAAUAGGGGAGGGGGAGGCUGGUCGUAGCUCAGUGGUAAAGCGCUCGCUUGAUGCGCUGUUUGUCUGGGAUCGAUCCCCGUCGGUGGUCCCAUUGAGCUAUUUCUCGUUCCAGCCAGUGCACUACGACUGGUAUAUCAAAGGCCGUGG